AUUUCAGAAUACUACAAAUAGAAAUGAUUUGCCAUCAACGAGUCGUCCAGACAUUCCAAAUGAGUACGCUGCAAAUAGAAAUGAUUUGCCAUCAACUAGUCGUCCAGACAAUCAAAAUGAGCACGCUGAAAACGAAGAUGAUUUGCCAUCAACAAGUCGUCCGAUCGAACGAAAUGAGGAAUCUGCUCAAGAGUUAACCUGUCGCACAUGUCAACAAACCUUCAGUUGUAGGAGAACUCUCUACCUCCACCAAAUGAACGAACAUUUCCAAGUUGGUGCAGGACAACUACAGCCCAGGCCGUGGGGGAAUGGGACCCCGCCAUGGGAAGAAGGGGGGGCAUAUCGAUAACAAACUAAAACAAGUAUAUGAAGCAAAUAGUCCUAUCAUUUUAAGAAGACAUCAGGAGGGAAAUGUUUGUAGUAUUUAUAAUUUUCCCAUUGACAAUCAGUUUUCUGUACAAGAAAUCAUGCAAGCGGCAAAUGAAAUCUAUGAACGACAGAACAAUGCAUUUAGAUUAAAUUUAGAAUUCGGACUUAUUUUGGUUCAUAGCGAAACACGCGAGUAUAGAUAUUUUAAACCUCAUCACAAUCAAGAAUUAUUUCAAAGACCUAUUUACGUGUCCAACCGAAGACAUUUAAACCGCUUGUAUUUACGCAUGAGACAAUUAAAUAUUACCGAUUACAUUUUACGUCAACGACCCGAUACAAAAUGGAAACCAUAUUUGAUUACCAAUUUACGAAUCGUUAUUUACAGCCUAAAUUUCGUGUUAGGUAAGGGUGACACCGUUUUACCCGAUCACAUUCAACAAUCAGCCAAUAUAGUUUCCUUGUCUAAAGACAGGAACGGUCAUUAUUACAAAGACAAUUUGUGUGCCUUCCGUUGUUUAGCUGUGCACGAAGGUCACCAUACUAGAUUAGAAACUCGAACUAAACUCUUAUUCGAUAAAUGGGUCGAAUACAAUAGAUCCCACCGAAAAGAAAUAAAUUCGGAUUGUAAGUCUUUUCCUGGCGUUACUUUAGAUCAGAUUGUCUAUUUUGAGAAAUGUUUUAAAGUUUGUGUAAAUAUUUUUUCGUUGAACGAAAAUCAGUGUGUUCUGUCCAUCUAUCAAUCAAAAGCAAACUUUUCAAACGUGAUGCAUUUAAAUCUGUACGAAAACCACUUGUCAUACAUUUCUAACUUCAAUGCAUAUGGAAAAAAAUUUCAGUGUAAAACAUGUCACAGACAUUUCAAUCGUAUCGAUGCCAUGCGACGUCAUCAAAGAAAGUGUGCGGGAAAAACGCAACGAAAAUUUCCCGGUGGGUUCUAUUCUAAAACCCAAUCUAUAUUCGAUAAAUUAGAUCAAUUCGGAAUUCACGUGGACGAAAGCGAUAGGUUAUAUGAGUGGUUUCUGGUGUAUGAUUUUGAAUCUAUGCUAGUCCCUACGAAAAUAAAAAACACCGAUAAUUUAGAAUACACCGAGCAUCACAUGCCAAUAUCGGUAAGCAUAUGUUCCAAUGUGAACGGAUACACCGAACCGCACUGUAUAGUUGAACCAAAUGCCGACGAUCUUAUCCGGAAAAUGAUUUCGUAUAUGUCAAUGAUAGAGCAGAGUGCAACCGAAUUGACUAGAACUAAAUUUAAAUAUGUGUUUGACGAACUCGAGGGUUCUUUUCUCGAUGCCGGAAUUGGCAACGAAAUGGCAGAGUACCUCGAACAUGACACUGAGAUAGAGAAAUUGAUAGAGGAAGAGCGAAAAUACGCCGGAAAUCUAAGAGACGAAUUAGAGAAAUAUUGUAAACAGCUAGUAUGUAUAGGUUUUAAUUCGGCCAAGUAUGAUAUCAAUUUAAUCAAGAGCUAUCUGAUCAAACACCUCAUUCCGGAAAACGGAAAUGACACGUUUACUGUAAAGCGCAACAACAGUUACGUAUGUAUUAGCACGCCGACAUUUAAAUUUUUAGAUAUUACACAGUAUCUGAGCCCCGGCAUUAAUUAUGCAGGAUUCUUAAAGGCUUUUGAUGUACAAGAAUCUAAAGGUUUUUUUUCCUUAUCAAUUUCUAGAUCACGUCGAUAAACUGAAUUACGACAGACUCCCGCAUCACAAUGCUUUUUAUUCAUCCCUGAAAAAUUGUAAUAUUUCAGAGGAGGAAUAUGCUUUUUGUCAGCAAGUGUGGCAUGAAAACAACAUGUCCACUUUUCGUGAUUUUCUCGUCUGGUACAAUAACCUCGACGUCGGACCUUUCGUUCAAGCUGUUAAAAAUUUACAAAAGUAUUAUUUCGAACGAAACAUUGACAUUUUCAAAUGUAGUAUUUCUGUACCGGGCCUGGCGCGACAAAUGCUAUUUGAAAGUGCUAGGAAAGAAGGGGCUGUUUUCUCCUUGUUUGAUAAGACAAAUGAAGAUUUGUACGAUACGGUCAGACAGAAUAUCAUCGGGGGACCGAGUAUUAUAUUUACGCGCUAUCACGAGACCGGAAAAUCGUAUAUUCGCGGCAAUCCGCACAAAUUAUGCGGCAAAAUAAUCGGUUUCGAUGCAAAUGCCCUCUAUUUACAUUGUUUAGGUAAAGACAUGCCCGUUGGAGCUUUCGUGCGUCGUCAAGUUGACAGCGGUUUCAAAGCACAAAAGCGAGAGAAAUACAUGCUCGCGUACGAUUGGCUAGAGUGGCUAAACCAAAGCGGUCAGUACAAUAUCGCGCAUAAGUUUAAUUCCGGAAAGGAAAAGAAAAUAGGUCGCUUCCCGGUCGACGGAUACGACGAGACUACAAACACCGUGUUUCAAUUUCAAGGUUGUUACUGGCACGGUCACCGUUGUUGGUUAACGCGACAUAUUCAAGACGAUGAUUUAAUGAAAAGUCGAGAACAAAAGACGCGAAAAACAACUGUCUAUCUGAAGAGGAAAGGUUAUAAAGUUGUAGAAAUGCGCGAAUGCACUUUCCGGAAUAACGUUCGGUCUAAUUUGAGAUUAAAAAGUUUCACAGAAGCGCGCAAGUCCAAUAUGAGUCAUGGUCGAAUGUCUCAGGAAGACCUCAUUGCUGCAGUGAUGAGUGACAAAUUAUUCGGCAUGGUCGAGUGCGACAUACGCGUGCCGGAUACAUGGCCUGCUCAUUUUAGUCAUUCAACCAUGACGCCUUACGAAUAUUUUUCUGAAAUGAGCCCCCUCUUUUGCACAACCGACAUCCCCUUCGAUGUCAUAGGUCAUCACAUGCAAGAUCAUGCAAAGCGCUUUAACCUGUCUGAAAAACCGCGUCGUUUAUUGGUCGGGGGAAUGCGCGCGCGACAAUUACUGAUUGCGACCCCAUUACUUAAGUGGUACAUAAACCACGGUCUAGAAAUUACAAAGAUUUACCAAACCGUCGAAUACACACCCCAAACAUGUUUUAAAAGCUUCGUGCGCGACGUCAGUGAUGCUCGCCGUCAAGGUGACGUAGAUCCCUCUAAAGCCAUUCUUGCUGAUACGCGAAAAUUAGAGGGAAACAGUGCAUACGGGUCCACGAUCAUGAACCAAGAAAAUUUUCAGGAAGUUAAAUACAUUCGGGGUGAGGGAAAGGCCAUGGUAGAGAUUAACAAUCCUCAGUUUAAGAAACUAACAUCUCUUUUAGACGACGAGGAACUUUAUGAAAUUGAGAAACAUAAAAAAAAUAUAAAUUUAAAUUUACCCAUACAAAUCGGGUACUUCAUCUUGCAGUACGCAAAACUUCACAUGCUACAAUUCUAUUACGAUUUCAUGGAUAGAUAUGUAGACCGUGCAGACUUUGAAUACUGUGAGAUGGACACUGACUCUGCCUACAUGGCCAUAUCGGGGGAGACCUUCCAGUCUGUGAUUAAACCUGAAUUGCGACAAAUUUACAAACACAGCCUCGAAGGUCACUGCACCGCCAGCGGAGAGAUCGAGGCGGACUGCGAUCGUCAUUGGUUUCCUCGCACUUGCUGUGAGGAACACAAAAAUUACGAUCGCAGGACGCCUGGAUUGUUUAAAAUAGAGUUUGAAGGCGACGAAAUAAUCGGCCUGUGCUCUAAGACAUACAUUGUUUCUAAACGCAUUCUAAAAAAAGAAUCACCUGCAUGGAUUGCAGCGCAGCGAAUACUCAAGCGCGCAUUAAAAAAAUCGCGGAGCCCGAAAAGACUAUUCGUCAAACAGCGAAUUGUGACCAAAAUUAAAUUUUCAUGUAAAGGCAUUUCAAAGAAACGGGUGACCGCUCCAUUGACUACCUUUAGAUACGUUUUGAAAACCCAAAAACCAUCAUCAAGUGUCAAUAUGGGAUUUAAAUUGCACAAUAACAAAAUUUGUACAUAUCGUCAAGCAAGAAACGGGUUUUCAUAUUUUUACUGUAAACGCAAAGUUUUAUCCGACGGCAUCACCACCCUACCUUUAGAUGUAGAAUUAUGCCCAGUUAAAAGUAAAAAUGAUUAUGAAAUUGAAAUUGACGAUUUUGACUUAGGUCUCGUACAUUUGCUCGACGAACUGAACGACAGCGAUUAAUGUGUAAACUGUUGAGAGAGAGAGAGAGAGAGAGAGAGAGAGAGAGAGUUUUAUAAAGUUAUAAAAAUUUAAAAAAUUCAUUAAAAUAGGAUUAGAGAUUUCAUUUUCAUUGUGAAAGUUCUAUAUGUAUUUUUAUAUCUAUCAAUCAUAGAGUUUAUUUUGCCGAUUGCAUGAUUUUCAUUUAUUCUAUGACUAUUGUGUUGGAGCGUUUAGAAAGUGAAUCUA